AUGGAGAACCUUUCACAAAUCGACAUCAAAUCACACCUUCACCCUUUCACCCCCAUCUCUGAAGACCGCACCCCAGGCCGCAUCGUCGACCAUGCCGAGGGUAUAAGAAUCCGUGACCAACAUGGUCGGACCUAUGUAGAUGCCAUAUCUGGUCUGUGGUGCGUCAACGUUGGUUAUGGCAACCGACAAAUCGCCGAUGCCAUCCAGCAGGCCUCUCGCACCGUGUCCUUUGCGCCCACAAUGUUCGGCGCCUCGAACGAAUACGCGACUCGACUCGCAGAUCGACUUCUCCGACUAUGUUCCGGGGCCAGCGGCAUGCGCAAGGUGUUCUUUGGCCACUCUGGCUCUGAUGCAAACGAGACGGCCUUGAAGCUUGCACGACUAUAUUUUCUGGCUUCGGGACAGCCAAUGCGUACCAAAUUCAUCUCUUGCUGGGACAGCUACCACGGCACAACGCUUGCAACGGCUAGUUUGUCAGGUCUUCCAGGGCACCAUCGCAAUUUUGCUUUACCAGACCCUUCUUUUCUGCAUGUCUCGGCACCUGAUGUGUUUGACGCUUUAACUCGGCGAGGAUUCUCCUCGGAGGAUGAUUACGUUGACUUCUUGGUUAAAGAGAUGGAAGAUACAAUCAUCGCCGCCGGAGGAGGUGAUAAAGUCGCUGCAUUCUUCGUCGAGCCGCUCAUGGCUGUUGGCGGUAUCCUGCCUCCACCGUCAAAUUACUUCCCCAGGAUCAAAGAGGUUCUCGACAGACAUGACAUCUUGCUCGUUAUUGACGACGUGGUCUGCGCCUUUGGACGGCUCGGGCAUUGGUUUGGCUGGGAGACUACCGGGGUACAGCCAGACAUGGUAUCACUAGCCAAGGGGCUCACAAGCGGGUGUGUGCCUAUGUCGGCUACCCUAGUCGGCGAGCGUGUCUGGUCGGUACUUGAACAGCAUCAGGAUCAGAUUGGCGUAUUUGGUCAUGGCUUCACCAUGUCUGGGCAUCCGGUGGCAGCUGCAGCGGCGUUGGCUAAUAUCGAAGUGAUUGAAAGGGAGAAUCUCUUGUCCAAAGGCAAGGACACGGGAAACGUUCUUCUGUAUACAGUCAGGAAUGCUACUCGAUACAUCCCCACAGUGGUUAAUGUAAGGGGACGCGGUCUCUUGGUGGGCAUAGAGCUGGCAGGCGUUCAGGCUAGCGAAGUGGCUCAGAAAUGUCUUGACCUGGGACUGAUAGUUCGUGCGAUUGUUGGUCGGAACACCAUUGCUUUGGCUCCUCCUUUAAUAACUAGCGAGGAUGAUAUCCUGAAGAUUGUUGGCACGAUUCGGAAGGUGCUGGUAGAAAGCAAUAUAUAG